UUUGUCUGGAAAUUAGGGAAGCUUCCGCUGUCCUCACACUGCUCCUCAAAUCCUGGGGUUGGAUUCUGAGUCCCUGAAGCUAAUAGAGAGUUUUCAGAAGGAGAAUGUAGAACCAAGCCACAACAGUUCUCUCUUUAGUCCGUUCCAUUCUCUUUUCUCCCAGCUAUGCUGCCAGAGUGUGCUAUGGGUUUACAAGAGCAACAAAAGAUUAAGAAAUCUCUGGACUUGGUAUCAUUUGAGGAUGUGGCUGUGGACUUCACCUGGGAGGAGUGGCAGGACCUGAAUGAUGCUCAGAGAACUUUAUAUAGAGAUGUGAUGCUGGAGACCUACAGCAACCUGGUGUCACUGAAUGUCCAGAUAGAUGAUGACCUCAUGGAGAGGAACCAUGAAAGUCAUAGUAGAUGCUUGCAGCCAGUUGUAGUCACCAACAGCAACACAUCAGCUGAGGAGAGAGUUGUGUUAGGAAAAUCAUUUUAUUUGAAUUCAUAUCAUGUUUUAAAUCAGAUUAUACAUAAUGGAAAGUAUUCAGGAAAGGGAAAUGAUUUUUACAUAUGUGAGAAUGCACUUCUUCCUAGAGAGCCUGAUGAGAUGCCUGCUGGAGAGAAAUCUGAUGAUGAUCAUAUAACUAGAAAAUUGCCCAGACAUCAUGAGCUUCUUAGUCAGCAUCCCAAUAUUCAAACUGGGAAGCAGAUUUUAGAAUACAGUGGAAAAGGGAAAUCCUCCAUCACAGAGCCAAUAAUAUGUACACAUAAAAAGAUUCAUAUGGAUGAGACCACCUAUAAGUAUAAUGAGUAUGGGAAAGGUAAGUCAGCUGUCAUUUUCCAAGAAAUAAAUCAGGUAGAAAGGAAAACUCUUCAAUGUGUUAUAUGUGGGAAAAUGUUCUGUAAGAAGGCUGAACUCACUAAACAUCAGAUUACACACACAGGAGAGAAACACUGUAAAUAUACUGAAUGUGAGAAAUCUUUUGCUAAGAAAUUAUACCUUACCUCACACCAGAGAACAGCUAUGCAGGAGAAGCUUUAUGGUUGUAAUGAACAUGAGAAAAAUUUUUGUCAGAACUCAGACCUUACAGUGCAUCAGGGAACUCACACAGGAGAAAUGUAUUCUGGAAGUAUUAGCUGUGGAAAAAGCUUCUGUGAGAAUUCACUCCUCAGCCAUUCUGAGAGAAUUCACCCAGGUGAGAAACCAUAUGAAUGUAGAGAAUGUACAAAAUUUUUCUACCAUGUGUCAGCCCUCACUGUAUAUCAGAGAGUUCACACAAGUGAGAAACCACAUAAAGAAUAUAAAAAAACAUUUUAUAGUAAUAAAUGUAAAACCUUUCUCCAGAAGUCACACUGCAACAGUCAUCAGAGAACUCACACUGGUGAGAAACCAUGUGAAUGUAAGGAAUGUGGAAAAACUUUUAACGAAAUGUCAAGCCUCAGCAUUCAUCCCAGAACUCACACAGGUGAGAAACCAUAUGAAUGUAAAGAAAGCAGAAAAUCUUUUAACCUAAAGUCAGAUUUCAGCAGGCAUGAGAGAAUUCAAACACUUGAGAAACCAUAUGAAUGUAGAGAAUGUGGAAAAGCUUUUAACCAAAAGUUUUACUUAAGCAUUCAUCAGAGAACUCACACAGGUGAGAAACCAUAUGAAUGCAGAGAAUGUGGAAAAGCUUUUAGCCAAAAGUCAAGCCUCACCAUUCAUCAGAGAACUCACACAGGUGAGAAACCAUAUGAAUGUGAAGAUUGUGGAAAAGCUUUUACCCACAAGUCAUCCUUCAGCAUUCAUCAGAGAAUUCAUACAGGUGAGAAACCAUAUGAAUGUAGAGAAUGUGGAAAAGCUUUUAACCAAAAGUUUCACUUAAGCAUUCAUCAGAGAACUCACACAGGUGAGAAACCAUAUGAAUGCAAAGAAUGCGGAAACACUUUUAACCAGAAGUCACACCUGAGGAGGCAUCAGAAAAUUCAUACAAGUGAAAUACCAGAUGGAUGUGAUGAACAUACGAAAUUUUUCUACCAUGAGUCAGCCCUUGUAUAUCAGACAGUUCACACAAGUGAGAAAUCACAUAAAGAAUAUAAAAAAAAUUUUUACAGUAAUAAAUGUGAUAAAACCUUUCUCCAAAAGUCACACUGUAGCAGUCAUCAGAGAAUUCACACAGGUGAGAAACCAUGUGAAUUUAAGGAAUGUGGAAAAACUUUUAACCAAAAGUCAAGCCUCACCAUUCAUCAGAGAACUCACACAGGUGAGAAACCAUAUGAAUGUAAAUACUGCGGAAAAGCUUUUACCCACAAGUCAGGCAUCAGGAAGCAUGAGAGAAUUCACACAGGUGAGAAACCAUAUGAAUGUAAAGAAUGUGGAAAAGCUUUUAGCCAAAAGUCUAACCUCAGCAUUCAUCAGAGAACUCACACAGGUGAGAAACCAUAUGAAUGCGAAGAAUGUGGAAAAGCUUUUACCCACAAGACAGGCCUCAGCAGGCAUGAGAUAAUUCAUACAGGUGAGAAACCAUAUGAAUGUAAAGACUGUGGAAAAGCCUUUACCCACAAGUCAUCCUUCAGUAGGCAUCAGAAAAUUCAUACAUUUGAGAAACCACAUGAAUGUAAAGACUGGACAAGCUUUUACCCUCAUGUCAGACAUCAGGAAACAGAGAAUUCACACAGGUCAGAAACCAUAUGAAUGGAAAGAAUGUGGGAAAGCUUAACCAAAAGUCACACCUCAGCAGCCAUCAAAGAAUUUGCAUAGGUGGGAAACCAUGUGAAUGUAAGGAAUGUGGGAAAAAAGUUUACUGGAACUCACUAUAAUAGACAUGAACAAAUUCACACAUGGGAAAAUCCCAAUUCAUGUAAUGGCCAUGGAAGAAGGUUUUGCCAUAAAUCACAACACGUUUCAUCAGAGAACUCACACCAAGAAGAUGCCCUAUAAAUGCACAACUGUCCCUUGGUAUUGGAGGGUGGUUCCAGGAGCCUCUUGAUGAAAACAUUUGCAAAUGAUGAUGCCCCUUCUAUAAAUGGUGUACUGCUUCAAUAUUAUCUGUGAACUUUUUUCCAUGUCCUUUACAU